AUCAGCAAUCAGCACAGAAAAUACGAUAACCAAAAAAUUAAUUAAUAAAAUCUGUGCAGUUGAUUAUGUUUUUGUGAAUAGAGUUUUUUAAUCUCAAGUAGAUGAUUAUUGAAAUGCUCAGGUUCUAAAAUUAGUCAUAUUUCACUAUUGAAAUUCAAAAUCAUGAAACAGCCCAGGUCUCCUUCGGCUUCUUUAUUUAGCUAUUCUAGAAGCACAUCGCCUUUACCUGCGCCAAUUAACCAUCGUCAUGAUUGCAUGAGCGCUUUCUCAAAAAUUCACCGAUAUGUGCGCAGACUAUUCAAAUUUCAACAAAUGGAUUUCGAAUUUGCUGUAUGGCAAAUGGUUUAUUUAUUUAUAGCUCCUCAAAAGGUUUAUCGAAACUUUAAUUAUAGGAAACAAACAAAAUCACAAUUUGCUAGGGAUGAUCCAGCGUUUUUAGUUUUGUUCACAGGAAUGUUGUGUGUGACAUCUCUAGGCUUUGGUUGGGUUUUCAACCUGCAAUUUAGCCAGACAUUGUAUUUUUUACUGUAUGUGAUAUUUGUUGAUUGCAUUUUCAUGGGUGUUCUUGUAGCCACAAUGUUUUGGUUUGUUACAAAUCGAUAUUUACGAAUAAAUCCAAAUGCAGAUGUGGAAUGGGGAUAUGCUUUUGAUGUGCAUCUCAAUGCGUUUGUACCACCCCUAAUUAUUCUACAUUUUUUACAGCUAUUUUUCUACUAUGGAGUUAUAAGUCAUGACUUAUUUAUUUCCCGAUUAAUUGGUAAUUCUUUCUGGAUGAUGGCGGUGUCUUAUUACAUUUAUAUCACAUUUCUUGGAUACAGCUGCAUACCAGAGUUGCGACACCUUCGAUUGUUACUUGCUCCAUUACCUGCGCUUUUUGUUGUUUAUCUUAUUUCGUUAGCUGUAGGUUGGAAUGUCAGUGAGACACUCAUAAAUUUUUAUUUAGGCCGUGUACUGUAGAGAAGACAAUGUUUGAAAAUUAUUAUAAAUUUAUAUGAUGAGUUUAUAUGAUUGAAUGUGUGUGCAUAUGUGAUUAUGUAUAAAUA